AUCCCUUAUCCCUUUCUAUUUUCCCAUUUAUGUUUGUAGGUAUACUUAAAAUAUUUAACGUAACACGUAACAUACUGUAUCGUGUUGGACAGGUGACUGAGCUAGCACCACUUCGCUCACUGUUGGAGUGCCUUAAAGAACCUUCUCUGCGCUUUAGUUUCCCAGUGCUGACCCUGUGUGACUUUGCCAUCCAGAUCUGUGAUGGCAUGCAGUACCUUGAGGCCAAAAGACUCAUACACAGAGACCUAGCUGCCAGAAAUAUUUUAGUAUUUUCAAAAAACAAGGUGAAAAAUCUCUGACUUCGGGUUGUCGAGAGCACUUGGUGUUGG